CUCACGCGAAAACAUCCCAAACAUCCUGCUCUGCACGCGCUAGGCUACGUCAGCCAGUUGUCACGGACGGAGGACUUUGCCGAACUUUGCAAGUUGUUUUUCGCUGCAUAUAGGACAUGGAGCGCGUGCGUAGGAUCUGGAGAGUGGGCAAAUCUGCGGGGCGAUGGAUAUUUGGUUGCGGGACAGCCCGUCGGCUCGCUUUUUCUUUCCCGAGGGUGACGCAAGAAGGGUGUGGGAUAAAGUGCGAGAUGGUCGAGACGGGCAGCUUCCGAAGUAUAAAAGACCGUAAGGUAUGCCGCUCCUCCUCGAGAUCCAGCACAGCUCUCGCACCCCUCCUCCCCCCUCAUCGCAAGCGGCAACCAAGCAAAGAUGGUCUCCAACAUCCUGCACACUGUCCUCCUAGCAGCGAGCCUCCUCCCCCUCGCGCACGCGGCGCCCGCCGACACCUGCAAGUACAAGGGCGCCCUCGUCAACUGGCAGCUCUUCAAGACCUGCAAUCAUGUCUGCAACCUCUACACGCCCACCACCGUCGCGGAGGCCCAGGCGAUCGUGCGCAACUCCCUCGCCCUCGGCCGCGGAGUGAAAGCUGUCGGCGCAAGACACUCGUACACUGAUAACCUGUGCAAGGAGAACGCUGAUUUCAUCGACAUGACCAAGUUGCAUAACAUCAUUUCGAUCAACAAGGACGAGGGGUGGGCAUACUUCGAGGCUGGGACGACCUUUGGGGCGCUCGAGAUUGCGUUGAAGAAGGAGGGUAUGACAUAUGGGUUUGCGGCGCCCGCGUGGCCGCUCAUCACCGUCGGCGGCGCGCUGGCGAACAGUGCGCACGGGAGUGGGUGGACGACCGGAGGCCCCAUCACUGUGCCCGCCGCGACGUUGGCCGUGGACAUCAUCAACCCUCAGGGAGAACUGGAGACAAUCACGGAUGGCGACAAACUCGCUGCAAUUAAGACCAACCUCGGCCUUCUCGGCGUUGUGGUCCGCAUCAAGUACGCCGUGCACCCCUCCCGCAAGAUGCGAUACAGUCUCGAAGUCGUCUCCGACAAAGACGCCAUCGCCGACGGCCUCCUGUCAAUCGUCGAGAAACAAGCCGGGACGAUCGGGUGGUACAUCCCCUCCUUCCAGACCAUCGCGCUUGCCAAGAUGUCCCACGCCGACGACUACAGCGGUCCGCUGGCCUCCGGAUCCGCUAUCACCAACACCAUGCAGACUUUCCGCCGCAAUGUGCUCAGCAAGGCUAUCGCGUGCAAGCUUGCCCUCUGCCCGUCACCCAUCUCCAACAGCUCCGUCGUCCCCGUCGUCGGGUUGGAAGAGGACGUGAUUGGCGGCGUUUCGGCCGUGUAUGGCGAUAUUCUCAGCGUUAUGGGCAAAUUCGGGAUCGUGCUCCCCAUCGGUGUUGGCGACGACGAGUACGCGCUGCCCAUUUCGCGUCACCAGGAGGCCAUCGCGGCGGUAAAGGCCACGUUCAAGGAAUACCACGACAUCGACAUCAGCAUCAAGGGCGUGUCGGCGGCCCUGCCCUUCGUGGAGAUCCGCUUUGCGCCCGCGGAGGACACCGCGUACCUCGCGCUCAACACCGACUCGGACCCGGCCGUGUGGGGACAGGGUACCGUGUGGAUCGAGGUAUGGUUCUUGACCUCCGAAGCAAACGAGAACCAGAUUGGGAAGUUCAGGAAUGCGCUCCAGGCCCGUUUGUUGGCGCUUGGCGCUCGCCCGCAUUGGGGAAAGACCAGGGAGGUUACCUUCCAGGGCGGGGUUAGGGACCGUUAUAACGGCAACUUCGCCAAGUUUGAGGCGGUUCGUCAUGCUAUGGACUCCAAAAACACCUUCAUGAACGAGUUCGCUACUCGUGCUGGUAUUCAGUAGAUUGGAUCAAAAGCAUAUUUAGAUUGUAUCUCAUCGUUGCGUACGUAGAGAACAUAGAAUGUUACAAUAAUGGACAUAAUACAGA